AUCUGAUUGGAUCAUCUCUAUAAUCAAAGCGAAAUGAUCAAAUGAAAGCUUCAAUUUGACCUCAGGAUGGAUGAUCUGAAUUGGUAUUGUCCAAUACUGUUCUCAUACAGAAAUUACUGAUCAGUGACCAGCCACAAAAAUGCGUACAGUAUACAGCAUCUAAUUUUUGCAACCAAAAAAAAUGUAUGUGAUCCAUUUUCUCUCUGUUUCUGCAGUAUCCAUAUGCAAAGCUUUAAAUAUCGUCUAUGUGCAGACAGGAGGUUCUGUUCAGCUAGACAUACAGACUGAUGAAGUACCACACUUUAAUACACUGAUCUGGAUCAAUGAUAAGUCAGAAAAUAUUGUAAUAUACACAAGAAAAACCAAGGACACCAUCUUUAACAAGCACAGUGUGAUUUUCAACCAGUCAACAUUCUCUCUGACACUGAAGAACAUGCAGAGGACAGACAGUGGACUCUACACAGCAAAGAUAUUUGGAACUCAAAAUGAGGAUCUUGUGAAAUACAAUGUAUCUGUUAUUGAUGCAGUGGAUUCUCCUGUUCUGAACAGGAACUUCACUAUGAUCAGUGUUAACUCCUGUAUUGUUGACGUCUCAUGUAGUGCUCAUACCCUUCAACUCAACAAACGAUAUUACAGCGACAACUGCAGUCAGGAGGAAAUGACAUCAUAUGAAAUCCAGACAUUAACCCUGUAUUGCAUAGAGAAUGUGGUUGUUUGUAGUUACAGUAACCCAGUGAGCUUGAUGAACGCCACAAUCGAACUGAACCAGCUUUGCACAUCUCAUCAAGAAAGCAACAACUCCAACAGUACAUCACCUUUACAACCUCCUGAAAAAGACCAACACAGUUCUUUUCCUCUCCAUUGGCUCUUGGUCAUUGCUGCUGGUGUUGCAGUGUUGGUUUCUGUAGCAGUUUCUGUAACAUUCUGCUCUUACCAGAGGCGUACAAAAGAAGUCCAAGUGAUCGAUCACACUGUCUAUGCACAGGUUAAGCCAAAGAAUAAAGUAAAAAGACCUCAGAUGUUGGAGAAAUCGGAGAAUCCUCAGACUGUGUAUGGGCUUACAGGAGAGCACAAGCAAACUCACAACACCAGUCAGACAAUCACAACACAUGAGGCAAAGACGACAAUGGAAAAUUCCCCCUGCACCACCUACAGUACAAUAGGUGAACACCAGACACCAGCACUGCCCACUGAAUCAGAAAACACUAUUUAUUCUGUAGUGACUGAACCCAAGUGUGGCAGACCACCUGUUCAUAAAUAGAUCAAGUUAAAUAUAUGUAAAAUGUUCAAUUCAAUUCAACUUUACUUGUAUAGCGUUUUCACAAUGUACAAUGUGUCAAAGCAGCUUCACAUAAAAGGUCAUGGUAAAUUGGAAGCCAAAUGUGAGUCAAUUGUCAUUUUUAAAUACCAUUCCCAAUCAUACAAAUUAAAAUC